CAAAAGGCUGCGCCCAACAGGCGCCAGGUAGAGCGAUGGACCCACAGGUUAUCCUCACAACGCUGAGUAACCUAGAUGACACCAUCCUGCAAAGUGUUCUCAUACAACUGGUGCAAAGCAAGCCCACGCUGGCCCCAGGUCUGGUUAGCGUUUGUGUUCCAGACCUGACCUUCGCACCUAGCAAGAGCUUCACAGAGAAGCGCUGCAUAGGAACAGUUAAGCUGAACCCUGCCAUGGGGGUCAGUUUCAUCAGCUGCCCUGAUCUGAGCGCUGUUUUUGACUGCGAGGUCCAGGUCAGGCCACAGCAAGUAGCUGGUUUUGUAGAUGGUCAGGAGGUAAACUUUGCUGUGACCUUGAACGAAGAGAACAAGCCACAGGCGUUCGACCUGAUAGACAACAAAACGGGCUUGAAUGGCGUCGCAAGCAUGGGAGGAUGUGGGGGUGGUUGUGGCAUGCCCAGCAUGGGAGAUCCCAUGUCUUGUGGGAUGGGAGGUUGUGGUAUGGGCGGUUGUGGUUGUGGGUGUGGCUGUGGGUAUGGAGGUGGGUGCGGGAGUGGCUGCGGCGGCUGCUGUGGCAGUUGUGGUGGAUGUGGCUGCGGCUGCGGUGGCUGCGGUGGCUGCGGCGGCAAUUGCAGCGGCUGCGGCGGCAAUUGCAGCGGCUGCGGAUGCAAUUGCGCUGGCUGCGGCUGUGGCUGUGGCUGUGGAGGCUGCGGAGGCUGUGGAAGCUGUGGAGGCUGUGGAGGCUGUGGAGGCUGUGGAGGCUGUGGAGGCUGUGGAGGCUGUGGAGGCUGCGGUUGCGGAUGUAGCGGCUGUGGCUGUGAUGGCAAUGUGGGAGGCCCUGACAUGGGAAUGAUGGGGCGACCCAUGGGAAUGAUGCCAGGGCCAGGGCCGCCAUCUGGACAUGGCAUGAAGGGAGGUGGAAAACACAACGAAGAGAGUCUGGGAGAGUUCUUUGGCGUGGUCAAGAGCUACAACCCAGACAAAGGCUUUGGCUUCAUAGCCUGCGAUGCGCUCAAAGGUCAGCAUGGCGAUGUCUACCUGAAUAGCAGGAACAUUGGAGACUUCAAAGUUGGACAAGAGGUCAAGUUUCAGGCCUUCCUGCACAACGGCAGACUGCAAGGCAGGGACCUCCGAGAUGCCACAGGCCAAGUGGGCCGGCAAUCUGGCGCGGCUGGUGCCGAGGAGCAGGAACUUGGAGUCUUUGCCGGGAAGAUCAAGAACUUUAACCAGGAGAAAGGUUUUGGCUUUAUCGUGUGCGAUGCGCUCGCCACGCAGGGCUUCCAGGGUGAUGUGUUCCUUCAUCAGAAACACAAAGGUGAGUUCAAAGAAGGUGAUUAUGUAGCUUUCAUGGCCGUGCUGCGGAACGGGAAGUUGCAAGCAAAGGAUCUUGAACCUGCUCCAGAGAAUGAUGGUGCUGGCAGUGGGAUGGGCAUGGGCACAAUGAGCAUGGGGAGCCCAAUUGGCGGACCCAUGGGUGGCCCAAUGAAUGGAAUGGGGGGCCAAAUGGGUUCUAUGGGUGGUCCCAUGGGUGGCCCUAUGGGCGGUCCAAUGGGUGGUCCCAUGGGCGAUCCUGGCUGCAUGGGCUGCGGCAAAGGUGGUUGCAAAGGCCGACCUGGACCAUACUGAGCAGCAAUAGAGCUUCUGCUUUGACAAGCAGGCGCCCAUUGCCUCAAGCUGAGCCCGCUCAUCGAGGAGGUACUCUUGCCGUUUCACACCAGUCAUGCGAAAAAAAUCCCCGUCCCAAAUGGUCGCUGCGCCAAGCGGGUGCAUUUAGACUGACCAAGUGGAAGCGGAAGGCGUGGCAGGCGUGAAGCCAACGACUUGCGCGAAAAGAGGAAA